GCGCUCACGUGACCCGGCCCGAGUGCGGGCGCUGGAAGGCGGAAGUGGAGCGGAGUUAGGCGCCGCUGGUGUGGCCCCGGCAGUUCCACUGCGAUGAUAUGGCAUCUGCCAGCUCCAGCCGGGCAGGAGUGGCCCUGCCUUUUGAGAAGUCCCAGCUUACUCUGAAAGUGGUGUCAGCAAAGCCCAGGGUGCACAGCCGCCAGCCGAGGAUCAACUCCUACGUGGAGGUAGCAGUGGAUGGACUCCCCAGCGAGACCAAGAAGACGGGAAAGCGCAUCGGGAGCUCCGAGCUUCUCUGGGAUGAAGUCAUUGUCCUGAAUGUCACAGCCCAGAGUCAUUUAGAUCUGAAGGUCUGGAGCUGUCACACCUUGAGGAAUGAACUACUCGGCACUGCCUCUGUCAACCUCUCCAAUGUCCUGAAGAACAAUGGCGGCAAAAUGGAGAACACGCAACUGACCCUGAACCUGCAGACGGAGAACAAAGGCAGUGUUGUCUCAGGAGGAGAGCUGACAAUUUUCCUGGAUGGGCCAACUGUUGAUCUGGGAAGUGUGCCUAAUGGCAGUGCUGUGACAGACGGAUCACAGCCACCUUCAAGAGACCCCAGUGGGACAGCUAUAGCCCCAGAGCCCCGGCAGCCCCCCAGCACAAACUGCUUUGGUGGCAGGUCCCGGACACACAGACACUCAGGUGGCUCAGCCAGAACAACCACAGCAACGGGUGAACAAAGCCCUGGUGCUAGGAACCGGCCCCGCCAGCCCGUGAAGAACCCCAGCAGCAGUGGCUUAGCCAAUGGUACAGUGAGCGAGGAACCUGCUGCAGCCAGUGAUCCUGAGGAGCCUUCUGUUGUUGGUGUGACACCCCCACCUGCUGCAGCCUUGAGUGUGCCCCCAAACCCCAACACCACAGCUCUCCCUGCCACAUCCACACCAGCUGAGGGGGAGGAGCCCAGCACUUCCGGGACACAGCAGCUCCCCGCCACCGCCGCUGCUGCCCAGGGCCCUGAUGCUCUUCCUGCUGGGUGGGAGCAGAGAGAGCUGCCCAACGGCCGUGUCUAUUAUGUUGACCACAAUACCAAGACCACCACCUGGGAGCGGCCUCUUCCUCCGGGGUGGGAAAAGCGCACAGACCCCCGAGGAAGGUUUUACUACGUGGAUCACAACACCCGGACCACCACCUGGCAGCGCCCAACUGCCGAGUACGUGCGGAACUAUGAGCAGUGGCAGUCACAGCGGAAUCAGCUCCAGGGGGCCAUGCAGCACUUCAGCCAAAGAUUCCUCUACCAGUCUUCAAGUGCUUCGACUGACCAUGAUCCCUUGGGCCCCCUCCCGCCUGGCUGGGAGAAGAGGCAGGACAAUGGACGGGUGUAUUACGUGAACCAUAACACACGCACUACCCAGUGGGAGGAUCCGAGGACCCAGGGGAUGAUACAGGAGCCAGCCCUGCCCCCAGGGUGGGAGAUGAAAUACACCAGCGAGGGUGUGCGCUACUUUGUGGACCACAAUACCCGCACCACCACCUUUAAGGAUCCUCGUCCAGGGUUCGAGUCAGGGACAAAGCAAGGCUCACCUGGUGCCUACGACCGAAGUUUUCGGUGGAAAUAUCACCAGUUCCGUUUCCUCUGCCACUCAAAUGCCCUACCCAGCCAUGUGAAGAUCAGCGUUUCCCGGCAGACACUCUUUGAGGAUUCUUUCCAACAGAUCAUGAACAUGAAACCUUACGACCUGCGCCGCCGGCUCUACAUCAUCAUGCGUGGUGAGGAGGGCCUGGACUACGGCGGCAUCGCCAGAGAGUGGUUUUUCCUCCUGUCCCAUGAGGUGCUCAACCCUAUGUACUGUUUGUUUGAGUACGCUGGGAAGAACAAUUACUGCCUGCAGAUCAACCCGGCCUCCUCCAUCAACCCUGACCACCUCACCUACUUCCGCUUUAUCGGCAGAUUCAUCGCCAUGGCUCUGUACCACGGCAAGUUCAUCGACACAGGCUUCACCCUCCCUUUCUACAAGCGGAUGCUCAACAAGAGACCAACCCUGAAGGACUUGGAGUCCAUUGACCCUGAGUUUUACAACUCUAUUGUCUGGAUCAAAGAGAACAACCUGGAAGAGUGUGGCCUGGAGCUGUUCUUCAUCCAGGACAUGGAGAUCCUGGGCAAGGUGACAACCCAUGAGCUGAAGGAAGGCGGUGAGAACAUCCGUGUUACAGAGGAGAACAAGGAAGAAUAUAUCAUGUUGCUGACUGAUUGGCGGUUCACCAGAGGCGUAGAAGAACAGACAAAGGCCUUCCUGGAUGGCUUCAAUGAGGUGGCCCCUCUGGAGUGGCUGCGGUAUUUUGAUGAGAAAGAACUGGAGCUGAUGCUGUGCGGCAUGCAGGAGAUAGAUAUGAGCGACUGGCAGAGGAACGCCAUCUACCGGCACUACACCAAGAGCAGCAAGCAGAUCCAGUGGUUCUGGCAGGUGGUGAAGGAGAUGGACAAUGAGAAGAGGAUCCGACUGCUGCAGUUUGUCACGGGAACCUGCCGCCUGCCUGUUGGGGGGUUUGCCGAGCUCAUUGGGAGCAACGGACCCCAGAAGUUCUGCAUUGACAGAGUUGGCAAGGAAACCUGGCUGCCCCGGAGCCACACAUGCUUCAACCGUCUGGAUCUGCCACCUUACAAGAGCUAUGAGCAGCUGAAAGAGAAGCUGCUGUAUGCCAUUGAGGAGACUGAGGGGUUUGGACAGGAGUAGCCGAGGCUGCCCCUCCCAGGCCCUCUAGCACAUGUAGUCUCGAGUCCUUCCUGCCUGAGAUGCCGCCGGCUGCACAGCCCUUAGGAGCACCCUUUGGGUAGUGGCCUUGCACGGGGCUGUGCUUUGAUCAUGUUGGUGACCGAAGAAUCUGACCCCAAGAGUCUCUGGAGACCCUUCCUCCUAUCUGAUGAUGGCAGUCUGGAAUAAAGCCCGUGUUACCUUUGACUCCAUCACCUGUUGCAAAGUCAGCGGGCUGCCCUUCCCUGCAAAAUUGCCCCCUCCACUAGGACCAAGUCUUGGUGUGUAAGUGUGUGACUCAGAGCUGCUCAGAAGCUGGCCUCACCUGUUAGGUGAGGAGAUAGUCCGUGUGGGCUGGCGAGCUGGACCCGGAACGCCAGGGUCUUUGCCAGCAGAAGAGGCUCCGCCGUCAUAGACCUUUCCUGGAGUCUGUGGAACGGGCGUGAGGGAGCAACUCUGCAUCAGCGCCGCCUGUGCUUCAUUCCCUGGCAGACUGCAGCCAAGGAGACUUAGCAGCGGGCACGCGGUGCCACCAGCUCAUCUCUUCCUAGCAAGCAAAGGCUGAAGAACCCACUGUGUGUCAGUGGGAAGGAGACGGCAGAACCCCCAGACCUUGCCCCUUGACAGAAACUGGAGGCAUGUUCGUGCGUAGGGUUGCUUUCUGGUUUGCUUUGGGUAUAGCAUUCUCACCUUCGGUCAAGGAUCUGGGGCCCUGGUGUUCUGGGUCCUUGCAGGGCCCAACCCUCUCGAUCUAAAAGCUCCCCAGACAGCUGCUCCUCUCAGGAACCCGCUUAGCAGUUCCCCCAGUUCAGAGGCCUGGCUCUGCCGCCCAGCGCAUCCCCACCACCUUCACUGUCCAUUGACAAGGGCCCUUUGCUGGACACCAGGCAGCCCCCAGCUAGCAGCAGGUGAUGAAGCUAACUCCAGGGGCCUCUGGAACCCACCGUGGCUUACAAUGGAGCACACCCUGGCCAGCUGAGUGUCUGUGCUAUGCAGGCGUGAGACUUUACCUGGCCAUUGGAAAAGACACUACUGAAAACCAGCCGAAGGUCCUGGGCUGCCUCGAUAGCUUGGCUUGAUUUGUGGAGCUCCUGACAGCUUCCCACGUAGGAACACAGGCCCUUCUGGGGUGCCGGAGUGGUUAUAGUGGCACACUCCCUCCCCAGGCCCCCCAUGACAUACUAGCUCCGGGGCACCCUGGGCACGCUUUCUGACUAGUCCUGGGAGUCUUCCGAGCGCAGUCCCUUCCUACCUUCAUCCUUGCCCCUACAGCCUGUGAAACCCCCACAUCGCACAAGCUGGUCCAGAUGGCUCAGCUCACCGCUGCUCACCCCCUCCUCUCCUGUGCAGUCACCUGCCACACUCCCCAUGAACAUCACAAAGGCUGCUCCGUGGCUGGGUGGGGGACCAGCUGCCAGCAAGGUUUGUAGAAGCAUCAGGCUCACAGGUGUGAGUGCGCAUGUGUGUGCGUGUGCGUGUACACGUGUGCGUGCAUAUGUAAAAUGAAAGUGCAUACAGAAAGGCCUGUGCUAGCUAGCGCCAAGUUGGUCGACAGAUUGUUUUUGUAAUGCCUGCCCCGCCUCGGUAUUGCCAGUUUAUUGUGCAAUAAACAGUCAGCAGCC